UUCCAGUGGGGAAGGGCUGGGGCUCCGCUCAGCCGGAGAGGAAAGAACUGCACUCAGCGCUCGCCACCACCCAGCCUCUCCUCGAGUCCCUCCACUCUUCUCCCAGAGCAACCGGGGCGAGAGGUGGUCCUGAGCCCGAGUGUGGAAAGAGCGAAUCUUUCUGGCUUUUCUCCUGUCUGGCUUCUUCCCCCCCUUCUGCUUCCUACUUCUGUGCCAGCGAGCGUGUGAGCCAUGCAGCGAGGAGCCUGGACUCUGCAGUGCACUGCUUUCGCUCUCUUUUGCGCUUGGUGUGCAUUGGACAGUGUAAAAGCGAAGAGGCAGUUUGUGAACGAAUGGGCAGCGGAGAUCCCCGGGGGACCAGAGGCAGCCUCGGCCAUAGCCGAAGAGCUGGGCUAUGACCUUUUGGGUCAGAUUGGAUCACUCGAAAAUCAUUACUUAUUCAGACAUAAAAACCAUCCCCGGAGGUCUCGAAGGAGUGCCCUUCAUAUCACUAAGAGAUUAUCUGAUGAUGAUCGUGUUAUAUGGGCUGAACAACAGUAUGGAAAGGAGAGAAGUAAACGUUCAGUUCUGAGAGACUCAGCAGUAAAUCUCUUCAAUGAUCCGAUGUGGAAGCAGCAGUGGUACUUGCAAGAUACUAGGAUGACUGCAUCCCUGCCCAAGCUGGAUCUCCAUGUGAUACCUGUUUGGCAAAAAGGCAUCACUGGCAAAGGAGUUGUUAUCACUGUACUGGAUGAUGGCUUGGAGUGGAAUCACACAGACAUCUAUGCCAAUUAUGAUCCAGAGGCUAGCUAUGAUUUUAAUGAUAAUGACCAUGAUCCAUUUCCCCGAUAUGAUCCCACAAAUGAGAACAAACACGGGACCAGAUGCGCAGGAGAAAUUGCCAUGCAAGCAAAUAAUUACAAGUGUGGGGUCGGAGUUGCAUAUGAUGCCAAAGUUGGAGGCAUAAGAAUGUUGGAUGGCAUCGUGACCGAUGCUAUUGAAGCCAGUUCAAUUGGAUUCAAUCCUGGGCAUGUGGACAUUUACAGUGCGAGCUGGGGCCCGAACGACGAUGGGAAAACUGUGGAGGGGCCUGGUCGACUAGCCCAGAAGGCAUUUGAAUAUGGUGUUAAACAGGGGAGACAAGGAAAGGGCUCCAUCUUCGUCUGGGCAUCUGGAAACGGGGGGCGUCAGGGAGAUAACUGUGACUGCGAUGGGUACACAGACAGCAUCUACACCAUCUCCAUCAGCAGUGCCUCGCAGCAGGGCCUGUCCCCCUGGUAUGCAGAGAAGUGCUCCUCCACGCUGGCCACCUCGUACAGCAGCGGGGAUUACACUGACCAGCGAAUCACGAGUGCUGACCUGCACAAUGACUGUACGGGGACCCACACGGGCACCUCGGCCUCGGCACCCCUGGCUGCUGGCAUCUUCGCUCUGGCCCUGGAAGCAAAUCCAAAUCUAACCUGGCGAGAUAUGCAGCACUUGGUUGUCUGGACCUCUGAGUAUGACCCACUGGCCAAUAACCCUGGAUGGAAAAAGAAUGGCGCAGGCUUGAUGGUGAACAGUCGGUUUGGAUUCGGGCUGCUAAAUGCCAAAGCUCUGGUGGACUUAGCUGAUCCGAGAACCUGGAACAGUGUGCCUGAGAAAAAAGAGUGUGUGAUAAAGGACAAUGACUUUGAGCCCAGAGCCCUGAAAGCUAAUGGAGAAGUUAUCAUUGAAAUUCCAACAAGAGCUUGUGAGGGACAGGAAAAUGCUAUCAAGUCCCUGGAACAUGUACAAUUUGAAGCAACAAUUGAAUAUUCCCGAAGAGGAGACCUUCAUGUCACACUCACUUCUGCUCUUGGAACCAACACUGUUCUGUUGGCUGAAAGAGAGCGGGAUACAUCUCCUAAUGGCUUUAAAAAUUGGGACUUCAUGUCUGUUCACACAUGGGGAGAGAACCCAGUAGGCACCUGGACUUUGCGAAUUACAGACAUGUCUGGAAGAAUGCAAAAUGAAGGGAGAAUUGUGAACUGGAAGCUGAUUUUGCACGGGACCUCCUCUCAGCCAGAACACAUGAAACAGCCCCGCGUGUACACGUCCUACAACACCGUGCAGAAUGACAGAAGAGGGGUGGAGAAGGUGGUGGACUCAGGGGAGGAGCAGCCCACAGAAGAGAACCUGAAUGAGAAGCCACUGACUACAAAAAGCCUCAGCAGCAGCAGUGGGAGAGACAGAAAGGAGGAGCAGGUGGAGGGAGCUGCAUCCGAGGCCAUGCUGCGACUCCUACAAAGCGCCUUCAGAAGAAACUCACCACCAAAGCAAUCACCAAAGAAGUCUCCAAGUGCAAAGCCCAACAUCCCUUACGAAAAUUUCUACGAAGCCCUGGAAAAGCUGAACAAACCUUCCCACCUUAAAGACACUGAGGACAGUCUGUAUAACGACUAUGCCGAUGUUUUCUAUAACACCAAACCUUACAAGCACAGAGAUGACCGGCUGCUGCAAGCUCUGGUGGACAUUCUGAGGGAGGAGAACUAAAGAAGUCUGUGAUCCUGAGUUGGAAAUAUUCAUGCUCCUUCCUUACCCAUAGAUUUUGCCUGUGUCUGAAGUGGGUGUUUUUGCCAUUGAUUCUUAUGCUUAUAAUAUCUUUUAUUAUACUUUUUCUUUUUCUCCCCAAAAUGGAUAUUUGAAAGAGAUGAGCUCCAACAGUAAAUCCAACUUCCUGAAUGGAUCAUGGAUCUUUUCAAGCACCUCUUCCUGCCUACACAAGUAAUGCGUUUGUUUUUUCCAGAGCCACAGUUCACACGUGGUCCUCAAGCCACAUUAGAAUGCCUCCCUGAGCCCUUUCAUUUCAUUUCUCAAAAGAAAAGUUAUAACCUGGGGCAAUAGAUAAAUUUGGAAAGUAAUCUGCAAAGAAUGAGAGGAAGGAAAUCUGUUCUGAUAGCUUGUCUCCUGUCUUUGCUCUGUGGUUCUUGGAAUUUUGAUGCCAAAGACAGCUUUGGAAAGUCUCGAAUGAAAGUGUUCAUAAUUAGACCCCUACCCCAUCUUUUCUAUUCCAAAGUACUACUUAUUUAGGGAGUAGUACUUAGAUCCAUAAACAGACCUCAGAAUCUGUGUGAUCUGGUUUGGGCUGUGUUAGAACAUUCCUUGCUUGGUGUGCCACGUAAGAGGCCUCUGUUGAUCCAACGGUGACUGAGACACAUGCUGUGUGUUCUGGUCUUCCUCCAUUUCCUCCUCCCUUGUCUUAGCCACAAACUGCAUACUGAGAGAACUAAUUUAUGCUACUUUCUUAGAAUAAACUUACACUUGGCACUCAGCAAGUUCCUAGUCAUAAUUUUUAUUAUUAAUAAUAACAGAAAACCACUCAUAACAUGGAGAACCAAUAUAAUAACAGGGGAGAGCCAAUGGGAGGUUUUGUUUGUUUUGAAAAUUGUAUUCAUUAGAAUAGGUUUUUCUGGAUCCCUGAAACUGAGUAUUCAUUCCUUGACACUAAAGGCUCUUCCGUAAUGGUAUAGCUGAUAGUAUCCAAAUUCUCAUCAAAUGGCUUCCAAGUUUCAACUCAGAGGACACGAGGUGGCAGCCCACAGGCCACAUUUGUCCUUCAGGUAGGUUUUUUUUUUGACAUGUAAAAUGUUUUUUUAAAUGUGAGUGAUUAUUGAAAAUAUGAGAUUUUACAUAAAACCUGAUACUCAGACCCAUCUUCCAUCAUGGCCAAGUUGCCUGGAGCUAUGUAGCUAAACUUGAGUGGCAGGUCCCCAAGGCUCUCUGCUUCAUGCUACCUAUGGCAGCCACCUUACUGAUGAGCACUCAAUAGGCCUUUCAUUUGGCCCCACUCUUGAACUAAAUGAACAUUUUCAAAGUGUAAAUGCACUAGGAAAAAAUAUCUUCAACUUCUUUCAGGCAGGAUCUGUAUAAUAAUAAUUAUGAGAAUUUUCCAUGACUUAAUUAAAUUAUUGGCCCCCAAAUGGUAUUUUAGACUCCUGCAAGUACCUCUGAUAUCUAAUCUGACAUGUUCAUUUAACCUCACCUCCCCUGGAUGCCCAUUUACACUAAUUCAUUAACUGCCAACUGCUUAGCUUCUCAUUCUCUCUGUGCUCACAAAGGCUCUAGUCACCUACAAUGGCAUUCUCCCAGUGGGCUGGCUGUUUGCUGUUCUUCCACGAAGUUUGAACUUUAUCAGGCUACACAUGAACUAGACCAAGAAGAGAACACUAGAGUCUGUCAAGUGCUUUGGUUUGAAGUAUGGUUUGUAACACAAAAUUUCACCCCCUAUUCCACCAUAUGAAAUUGUGCAGAAUAAGGUUAUCUCCAGAGCAAUACCCAUGAAGCUUUAAGGAUGUUCUCCUAAAAGAAUUACAGUAUCAGUAUGUUCUUGGAAGUUUCACAUGCUCUUCGAUAUGGACUGUUAGAUAGAAUUUUUAAAAUUUCAGCCCAUCAAAAAGUACUAAAACUGAAAAGGACCAGGAGUUAUGAGAUACAUUUUCAACUAAAAACAACAACAAAGCUAAGGCCUAGAGGGGACAAUAAACAGUCAUAAAGGAAAGCUCAUCCUUUCCCCAUUCCUAGCCUACUGCUAGUUGUCUGAAGCAUUCUUUUUUAUCCUUCUAACAGAAUCUUUUCCUGAUUAAACCCCCAACCAGCUCAUUGAAUUGCAGCCAAGGUUCACUUUAGAGAAGCUUUGAUAUUUAAAUAAAGUCAUGUUUGAAUGUUUCCAACCUGGAGUAUAUUGUUCAGACAAAAAAUAUUUUUGUCAGUCUUUCUUAGUGCCUGUGUGAAUUUUUGUGAAAAUGUAAGAGAAGAAACAUAUACUAUUUCCCUCAAAAAUUUAAAUUAUAUUUUCUUUACAGGUAUUUAUAAUGUAGCAAUGCUUUUAUCAAACAGAAUUUUAAAAGGCAUAAUAAAUUAUAUUAAAGAACAAAAAUUUUCCUGAGAAUAAGAAAGUUUCGUCCAAUAAAAUAUUUUUGAAAGGCAUGUUCCUCUGUUAGUAAAAA